GGCGGACGGCGCGGGUAUCCUGGCAGACAUGGACAGCGCGGGGAAAGAGCGAGAGGCGGUGCAGCUGAUGGCGGAGGCCGAGAAGCGAGUCAAGGCUUCCCACUCCUUCCUCCGGGGCCUGUUUGGAGGAAACACGAGGAUAGAAGAGGCUUGUGAAAUGUAUACCAGAGCAGCAAACAUGUUCAAGAUGGCCAAAAAUUGGAGCGCUGCAGGAAACGCCUUUUGUCAGGCCGCCAAGCUGCACAUGCAGCUGCAGAGCAAGCACGACGCCGCCACCAGCUUCGUGGACGCCGGCAACGCUUACAAGAAGGCAGACCCCCAAGAGGCUAUCAACUGCUUAAACGCAGCCAUCGACAUUUACACAGACAUGGGGAGGUUUACCAUUGCAGCUAAGCACCACAUCACCAUUGCCGAGAUCUACGAGACAGAGCUGGUGGACAUUGAGAAGGCUAUUGCACAUUAUGAACAAUCUGCUGAUUAUUACAAAGGAGAAGAAUCCAACAGCUCCGCUAACAAGUGUCUGCUGAAGGUGGCGGCGUAUGCUGCCCAGCUGGAGCAGUACCAGAAAGCCAUCGAGAUUUAUGAGCAGGUUGGGGCAAACACCAUGGAUAACCCUUUGCUGAAGUACAGUGCGAAGGAUUACUUCUUCAAAGCAGCCCUGUGUCACUUCAUAGUAGACGAGUUGAAUGCCAAGCUGGCCCUGGAGAAGUAUGAGGAAAUGUUCCCAGCAUUUACUGAUUCCAGAGAAUGUAAGCUAUUGAAAAAACUUCUAGAAGCUCAUGAAGAGCAGAACAGUGAAGCUUACACUGAGGCGGUGAAGGAGUUUGACUCCAUAUCUCGCUUGGAUCAGUGGCUGACCACCAUGUUGCUGCGCAUCAAAAAGUCCAUCCAAGGGGAUGGAGAAGGAGAUGGCGACCUCAAGUGAACUCAUCGUCCCUUCGUGGCAUGCAGCUGACUCCUUUUUAGUUUUGUCUUAGGACCGCGUGAUCUCCAUGGGACGCCCAUUGAACGGCUUCAUUCUGUUGCCUGUGAGCCCUGCGAGCUGGGUCUGUGGGAGCUCCCACGAGCUUGGGCGGGUGGUUGGCUGUGGCGUGCAUUGCAGGCUGCCCUGGCUCUCUGAGAAUUGUGCUGCAGACCCUUGCUCCUCCUUUGUCUUCAGUGUUGCCACGUUUCUGUGUCCCCUGAGAGCAGUCCACACACAUGCUUGGCAGAGUGUGUAUACGUUCACAUCUGGCUGUGUUCUGUAAAACAUGUAUGUUUUAAUCUAGGAUAGCUAAUAGCAAUGCAUUGAUAACCUUGUCAGAAACCCUUCAUGGUUUGGUUGCCCUGUGAUGAUUUGGAUGGGCUAGAGACCACCUUCUUAUGUAUCGCUCCGAGGGCUGAUGAGUGUGUACUGGAAAAUUAGAACAGCUCAGGUGUGUUGAUGUCAGUACUGUGAAUUUCCUGGCAGUGCUUGCCAGGGUAUGGGUGGCUGUAGGUGGGCUUGAUUGAUCUGUGCUGUCACGCAAACGAAAGAGCCCUGAGAAAUGGAGAGUUGGGGGUGGCUGGUGGCAUGAUUUGAGUGCGCUGCUUGGACCCUGCCUUGUUUUGCAGGGGAAUUGGAUCCUACAGGUGUGCUGUAUGGAUGGGUGAACUUGAUCUUAGCAGCGUAGGCGCUAGCAUGGUUCCUCAGAUAGAGUCCUAUUUCCUAAGGCUGCUCCCUGUGCUGUGCCUGAACAAUGUGUGUGUGAUGCACUCCUGUGGCCAACACUGCCCACAGCUCUUUCUGGUAGAUUGUCAUCACUGAUGCUGUAUCAUGAAACCUGCCGUGCUGUGCAAUAGCAGGCUGUGUGGCAGCUUGGCUGGAACUGGUAGGAUUUUGUAUGACAGAAGUAGAGUGAGUCCAGACAAAGGGCUGAGCGAGGAAGGUUGUGGAGGAUGGGCAAGUGGGCGAGUGUAGAGUGAAAGGUGGUGGGCCCUGGAACUGGGAGGCCACGCUAGGCGGGUCCUGCUGG